GAAAGCAAAUCCAAUACAAGGAUCUGCUAUCGUACACCGUCUUCCAGAUAUCUUCCCCUCUCUGCUUUUCGGAUUCAGACUUUGCAGAUUCUCUCUCUCUCUCUCUCUCUCUUCUCUCUCUUUUCUUUCGUUGGGGAAGAAUUAGAGAAGAGAAGGGUAUUUGUGUAUUAAAUUUUAUUUUUUCUUCUUCUUCCCGCAUCUUUUAGUGCGGAAUUUCUGUUGGUAUAAUUCGCAAUCCUUGAAAAAAUUAUGCCGCGUGCUUCGUCGAGAAAAGGCCCUACUAAUUCGACGGCGUCGGGAAAUUCGUCAGCCGUGGAUCUUUUCCGCGCAGCUUCUGGUAAAGCAGCUUCGAAAGAGCUGGAGCGAAUAGAUCAACUAUUUUAUUCAUAUUCGAGCAAUUCCUGUGGUAUGAUUGAUCCAGAAGGAAUCGAGUCCCUCUGCUCGGACUUGGAAGUUGACCACACGGAUGUGCGUAUAUUAAUGCUUGCAUGGAAAAUGCAAGCGGAGAAGCAGGGUUACUUCACUCUGGAUGAGUGGCGAAGUGGCCUAAAAGGGCUAAGAGUUGAUACGACACUUAAACUGAAGAAAGCACUUCCGGAUCUCGAGAAAGAGGUCAGAAGGCCACCAAACUUUGCGAAUUUCUACUCGUUCGCCUUUCGAUAUUGCUUGACCGAGGAGAAGCAGAAAACCGUAGACAUUGAAAGUAUUUGUAUCCUCCUGGAUCUUAUUCUAGGAUCGGUAUUUCGCCCUCAAGUGGAUUUGCUUACUCAAUAUCUGAAGAUACAAAGUGAUUACAAGGUCAUUAACAUGGAUCAGUGGAUGGGUUUCUAUCGAUUCUGCAACGAGAUCAGCUUUCCGGAUCUUAGCAAUUACGAUCCCGAUCUUGCGUGGCCGUUGAUCUUAGACAACUUUGUUGACUGGUUAAGAUCUGACCGAGCCUAAAUCUCGUCUCGUCUUGGUGAAGCCACACUAGUACCGAUUCCCCAAUGUUGUGACAAUAACAGCAAAAUCGAGCUAUGUGGAGUGGUUUCUACUUUGAUUGAUUUCGUAUUUAUAUAUAUAAACUGAAUAGCGCUCCUGUAUUUUUCCUUAGCACUUAUACCUAUUUUCAGAACCUUCUAGACUUUAUAUCAACAGAUUGCCUUGAGUUUUUUAAAUAUAGUUACCAUUAUUUUUCCGUAUUUUGUUUGGCUUGUUCCGUAAUUGACCGUAUAUAUAAGAUUUCGAUAUGCGUA